AUGUCGUCCUGUUUGCCUUUGCUCGUCUUCCAGCAUCGCAACCACGUCAAUAAUGGCGACGACGACCAGAUGCUCAUGUUCAGCAUAUCUCAGAUGACCCUGCGCACCAACAUGGAGCCUGACCUCGUAGCAAACAAGAACAUGUGCUGGACCACCCCGCAGGGCUGGAUGCUGGUAGUUUCCCCCUCCCCAUCCUCAGCAACCACAGCGUGGCUAUGGAACCCUCGUACCAAGGAAAAGAUUGCUCUGCCGGACUUCGAGGAGGAGCAUGACAUCCCACCGGGCUCCAAGUGCUUGCUCACACACAGAGACGCAACCCAUCCGGAAUGCCUCGUCGUGCUCUUCGAGUACAAGGAACCCAACAUGUGGUGCUGCAAGGUCGGCGGCGGCGAUGGCGAUGGCGGCGUCCACGGUGGUGGCUGGUGCUGCUACACGUACGACAUCGGUGACUACGAGGUGCCCGGCGGUGAGCCUCCUACUAAAGACCUCAUCUCCAGCGUCGCCGCGGUUCAAGGGGAGAUCUUCUUCAUCAGCUCAGCAGAAGACAUGUGCGCCAUCAACUUCUCCUCCUCGACUGAUCACCAACCCGAGUUCCAAUACUUCGAUGCCUGCAUGGUCGAUUUCCCGGAGGGGAUGAACUCGGGUUGCUCGUGGCUGGUGGAGCACGACGACGAGCUCUACCUCGCGUGCGUCAUCUUUGUUGGCUUUGAUGCGGAUAACAUUGGUGCCAUCCAUGUGUACAAGAUGGACUUCUCGACGGAAGCAUGGUGCAGCGUGCGUGACAUCGGAGACGCCGUGUUCCUCCUAGAGGGCGGCGGCAACAUGGGUGCCUCCUGCCAAGCGAGCCCCCUAGGGCUUAAAGGGAAUCAGAUUUACUUCAUGAAGAAUUUCAACGCGGACGAUGCGGAUUUGUGCGUCUUUGACAUAGAAUCAGAGCAACAAGAGAUCACUCGAGUCCACCAUCAUGAGCACCUGAAUCUAUGCCGCAAACCUUUUUGGAUCCUUCCACCUAGCUAG